AUGCCUAAAUUCAUUGUUAACACAAAUAUAAGCAAGGAUAAAGUUCCAGAGUCUUUCACAGGGGAGCUCACCCAGCAGUUAUCAAAAGCAAUGGGCAAACCAGCACAGUACAUCGCUGUGCACAUCAUACCUGAUCAGAUGAUGUCCUUCGGGGGCUCCACUGAUCCCUGCGCGCUCUGCAGCCUUUACAGCAUCGGCAAAAUAGGAGGGCAGCAGAACAAGACCUACACCAAGCUCCUGUGUGAUCUGAUCUCUAAGCACUUGCACGUAUCUGCAGACAGGGUGUACAUCAACUACUUCGACAUGAAUGCCGCCAAUGUGGGCUGGAAUGGCUCCACCUUUGCGUAGACCUCUCCAUCUGUCUGAAGAGGCUGCUCCUGGACCUACCCUCAUCCUGCCCCUUAGCAGAGACCACCGCACAAAUGGCCCUCUAUUGCAUUUUGUGCGCUCUCACAGAUUGAUGGCUCCCUGCUAGUGUGUUUAAAUAUUGCUGCUUCAACAUUCCUCUGUUUUCUCUGUGUAGAAAGCAAAUAAAGAUUUAGAAGUAA